ACACUUAUGUCCUUAACUAAGAUGCACGUGGUUCGAGAGAAUAUCCAUGCUGGUGAUCCUGCUCAACUGCGUGACGCUCGGCAUGUACCAGCCGUGUGUCGACGACCAGUGCGUUACCAACAGGUGCAAGAUAUUACAGGUGUUCGACGAUAUUAUCUUUGCGUUUUUCACGUUGGAGAUGACGAUCAAAAUGGUCGCGAUGGGGGUGUACGGCCACGGCACUUACCUCGCGGAUUCCUGGAAUCGCCUGGAUUUUUUCAUUGUUAUGGCCGGGGUUUUAGAAUACGCGUUACAUGUGGAGAAUAUCAAUCUAUCGGCGAUAAGAACGAUUCGAGUGCUGCGGCCGUUGCGGGCAAUUAACAGGAUACCAAGUAUGCGAAUCCUAGUGAUGCUACUGCUGGACACGCUGCCCAUGCUCGGCAACGUCCUGCUGCUAUGCUUCUUCGUCUUCUUCAUAUUUGGCAUAGUGGGGGUCCAGCUGUGGGAGGGGAUCCUCAGGCAGCGAUGCGAAAUGGUGCUACCACCGGGCACCUUGCGACCCAACAUAUCGUUUUACUACGAGUUUUCAAAAGAGUUGGACUACAUAUGCACAACGCCAGAAGACAGUGGUAUGCACCUGUGCGGGGAUUUCCCGCCGUACCGGUACGGUCCUCUCGUCUGCAACGAGACCGCCAAACCGUAUCCGUCCCGCAAUGAGCCGACAAACGUGUCUUGUGUAAAUUGGAACCAGUACUACACUAACUGCACUCAAAGGGGAUCCAACCCAUUCCAAGGCACGAUCUCCUUUGACAACAUCGGUCUCGCUUGGGUUGCUAUAUUUUUGGUUAUAUCCUUGGAAGGCUGGACGGAUAUAAUGUAUUACGUGCAAGAUGCUCACAGUUUUUGGGACUGGAUCUAUUUUGUUCUUUUGAUUGUGAUCGGAUCAUUCUUUAUGAUCAACCUCUGCCUCGUCGUGAUCGCGACCCAGUUCAGCGAGACCAAGAAACGCGAGAUGGAGCGUAUGCGCGCUGAGCGCGCUCGGUUCACAUCCUCAUCGACUCUGGCCUCGUCGACCAACAACAGCGAACCGGCCACGUGCUACGCCGAGAUUGUCAAGUAUGUUGCGCAUCUGUGGAGGAGGUUUAAACGGAGGAUGGCCAAGAAAAUCAGGUUAUACCGAUACCAGCGUGCUCAGGUACAAUGGCGGACCAGCAGAGAAACACUUCAACUGCCAGCGAACAAGCCUAAGCAACACCAUCCCUGCUGCCCGCGGUUACAUCCUCAGAACGGGAAGGAGGAGGGUGAUGAGCCGCUGGGGCGGCCGAGCCUGUUGCGCGUGCCCUCGCUCUCCGCCGCCGACCUGGAGAACGCGUCAAACCUCUCGCUGCUGUCACCGCCAUCACUGGCUCGAAGACGCUCAUCAGUGAUGUUCAGCGAUACAGUUCUGCUACACACACCAAAUUCACCACACGGCGGGCAUCCGCACAACGUCUGCUCUUCUGAGAAAAUGACUCAAACAGAGUUCGACCUGCCGACAGGCGAAACUGCAGAGGCGAGAGCUGCAGCCGUUGGAACCAUGUCCUGCCAAGAACUCCUUGCAUUGUCCGGAGCCUUAUCAGCAGCACUGCCUUCCGGACAAGUUACCUUGGACUCCUUUUUUGAAGAAUUGACUAAAGGCAUUAGCAAAAGGGCCAGUGAAGACAAAGACUGUAAGGGUCAUGAAAUAGAAGAUUAUUCGUGCUGUGCGGAACUACUGGCAGCCGAGGCCGCCGCAAAAGAAGCGCGAAAGGGGCGAUUUGCUAGUGCUUGCUCUAUAUUUUGGCGAAGAAUAUCGAAGUUUCUUUCUUUUUUAAGAAAACAUAUAAAAGAUGUAGUCAAUCACAAAUAUUUUCAGCAAGGUAUACUAUUAGCUAUACUGAUUAACACUUUAUCGAUGGGAAUCGAGUACCAUAAUCAACCCGAGGAAUUGACAGUAAUAGUAGAAAUCAGCAACGUCGUAUUUUCUGCAAUUUUCGCUGUUGAAAUGAUUCUUAAAAUCAUAGCAGAGGGUCCUUUCAAGUAUAUUGCCAAUGGAUUCAAUGUUUUUGACGGAAUUAUUGUGAUCUUAAGUGCAUUUGAAUUAGCGCAAAGCUACGGCAAUGAAAAGGAACUGGCUGGAAACUCCGGACUCUCCGUGUUGCGCACAUUCAGACUCCUGCGCAUCCUAAAGUUGGUCCGCUUUAUGCCCAACCUGCGCAGACAGUUGUUCGUCAUGCUCCGUACCAUGGACAAUGUCGCCGUCUUCUUCUCACUUCUAGUUCUAUUCAUUUUUAUAUUCAGUAUUCUGGGCAUGUAUCUAUUUGGUGGUAAGUUUUGCAAGUUCGUCGAAGACAACGGCUCCGAGCGCGACUGCACUUGCCCCGAGAUCAUCUCGCACCACCCCAAGUGUGAGUGCGACAGAAAGCAUUUUAAUAAUAUCCUGUGGGCAACCGUCACUGUCUUCCAGGUUUUGACGCAAGAAGAUUGGAAUGUUGUACUGUUUAAUGGUAUGGAAAAGACAAGUCACUGGGCUGCAUUAUAUUUUGUUGCCCUAAUGACUUUUGGAAACUAUGUGCUAUUUAACUUACUGGUGGCUAUUCUAGUAGAAGGAUUUAGUUCUGAGCGGAACGAAAGGAGGGAGCGAGAGCAGCGCGAGCUGGCAAAGUCUAAAUUGUCUAGCGAGUGUUUCUCUGACAACAACGAAAAUCAAUAUGACGAGUCGAACUCGGGAUCUCAUUCCAGUGACAGUUUCUCUCAGAACGAAAUAAAAAACUAUUGGAAAUCGGCUGACGACGUUCGCAAAGCCAAAGACGAUAUAAACGGACACAAAGAUAAAAUUAUUCGAUCAAGAAGAAAGACGACCAGUUCAGGACAUCACCCGACGCUGUGCAAAGAUUGCGCACAGUCCAACAAAUGUAAUUUACAGAAGGAAUCCAAAAUGCUUGCAAAUAACACUGGCGUAGACGUACCGAACCUACCCAUGAUCACGCACACAGCCGCCACACCACAGGACUCGCCGUCCACGACCCUGGAACCCGGGGCGUCGUUCAGGGACUUCCCUGUGGCUCUCAACUUGGAGAAAUCAUCGAUGCUGUCGAGCAUGGAAUCUAUUGAUAGGACUUCGUGCACCAGCAUACCCGGAUUACUAAAACCUCCGACGCUCUCAGGAAUCAACAGCUAUACUCUGACCCUGCAUUCGGCCGCCUCUCAGUUGGGAGCAGAGAAAGCCAGACUACCCCCACUGACUUUAUCCCCCCACCCGCGACCCCUUUCAGUAUCAUCCGGUUCUUCGACCCCCACCACCACGAGAUCGAUGCCAUCCCCAAUGAUGCCGGAGAAGAAUCUCCAGAUUGUGAUACCGAUCACGAAAGACGAUAAUUGUAUCAAUACUAGUGAUAAAUCUAGUCUUCUAAGCUCCCAAAAAUCGGUGACUCUUCAAAGUCCACCCUCAAAUGGAGAGGAUAAAUGCCAAGUCCAGCGCGGCUACAGCUGGCGGCUGUCACGGCCGAGCCUUAGGAAAAAACCCAAGCACCGGACCGGAUCCGACUCUGAAGCCAUCAUACUGAAUAACGGACGUGACCAUGUCGCUUGUAACGGAUCCGGCGUCCGCAAAAAUGAGCUACUCCUCUCCUCCUCCAUUAUAAAGAAUGACACGCAGUCGGAGUUGCCCAACAACAGAACCAAGUCCCAACUGCCGGCUCCCAGGGUGCUACCGCAGACCGCCAGGAAAGUGUCUGCUCACACUGCACCUCUGCUUCCCGAUGAAUCUUGGAAAGCACCAGAAGCUGGAUUUUCUUCGGACUCGACUGCGCGCCUCGACACCGUUAAAUCACCUCCCCACCGGCUUUCCCUCACCAACGAUUACUUAACAGUGACGACAGUGUCGGAAGUGAAGUCAAGCAACCUACCACCGACGCCACCGCAGCUGCAACUAACACCGAAGUCUCCGCGCCACGAGGCGCCUGUGCCAGCGCGACCCAAGAACCAGUCGCUGCCGCUUGUCAAGCAAAUCAAUGAAGAGGUAACGAUCAGCAACAACGUCAGCAUAAUAACGUCGAGGUUCGACCGGCGACGAUACCGAUUCAAAGACCUUUUCCGAUUCAUGGAGCCCACGGGGUGCCUCAAGGAAAAAGAAGACUGGUCUCUGUACAUAUUCCCUCCAGGAAACAAAAUACGGCAGCUGUGCACGUGGAUGGUGACCCGCGGGUGGUUCGACAACAUCGUGCUGCUCUUCAUAGCCCUCAACUGCAUCACUCUGGCCAUGGAGCGGCCGAACAUCCCUCCCGACUCCAAGGAACGGGCGUUCCUGGCUAGUGCUAACUAUGUGUUCACUGUGGUGUUCGCCGUGGAAAUGUUCAUCAAGGUGGUGGCGUCAGGCAUGUUCUACGGGCCGGACGCGUACUUCACGUCCGGCUGGAACAUCAUGGACGGCUCGCUGGUCAUCAUCUCCAUCAUCGACCUGCUCAUGUCACUCGUUUCAGAGUCCAGCCCGAGGAUCUUCGGUAUAUUGAGGGUAUUCAGACUACUAAGGUCCCUGCGGCCGCUGCGAGUGAUCAACCGAGCGCCCGGCCUCAAGCUCGUGGUGCAAACCCUGCUGUCCUCGCUCAGGCCCAUCGGAAACAUUGUGCUCAUCUGCUGCACGUUUUUUAUUAUUUUUGGCAUAUUGGGAGUACAGCUGUUCAAAGGCGCAUUUUUUUACUGCGAAGGGGCGAACAUAAAGAACGUAAAGAACAAAUCCGACUGUUUAGCCAUUGAAGGUAACGUGUGGGUGAAUAGGAAGUACAAUUUCGACGACCUCGGCAAGGCUUUGAUGUCCCUUUUCGUUCUGAGCUCCCGGGACGGAUGGGUCAACAUUAUGUAUACGGGGCUCGAUGCCGUUGGCGUGGAUCAACAGCCAAUAGUGAACUACUCUGAAUGGCGUCUCCUGUACUUCAUCGCGUUCAUACUGCUUGUGGGGUUCUUCGUACUGAACAUGUUUGUGGGAGUGGUGGUGGAGAACUUCCACCGCUGCCGCGAGGAGCAGGAGAAAGAGGAGCGAGUGAGGAGAGCGGCCAAGAGGCAGCUGCAAAUGGAAAAGAAGAGGCGAAAAAUGCAUCAGAGACCUUACUAUGCGGAUUACAAUCAAACAAGACUAUUCAUCCACAACGUAGUCACCUCCAAAUAUUUUGACUUGGCCAUCGCCGGAGUCAUCGGCUUAAACGUUGUGACCAUGGCCAUAGAGUACUACAGAAUGCCUCCAGUACUCCAAUACGCCUUGAAAAUAUUCAACUACUUCUUUACAGCAGUCUUUAUUCUAGAAGCAAUCAUGAAACUAGUAGCAUUAGGGUUCAAGAUAUACUUAAAAGAUAAAUGGAAUCAGUUGGACGUAAUAAUUGUUAUUUUGUCUAUAGUUGGUAUAGUAUUAGAAGAAUUAGAAACAAAUAUAAUACCAAUCAACCCUACAAUAAUGAGAGUGAUGAGGGUGUUGAGGAUAGCAAGGGUAUUGAAGCUACUUAAGAUGGCGAAAGGAAUCCGGGCUUUGUUAGACACGGUGAUGCAGGCGUUGCCGCAAGUAGGAAACUUAGGACUGCUGUUUUUCUUAUUGUUCUUCAUUUUUGCCGCUUUAGGCGUUGAGUUGUUUGGACGACUGGAGUGUUCUGAUGAGAUUCCUUGUCAAGGUCUUGGUGAGCACGCCCACUUCGCCAACUUCGGCAUGGCGUUCCUCACGCUCUUCAGGGUUGCCACCGGCGACAACUGGAACGGCAUCAUGAAGGACACGCUGCGCGAGGACUGCGACAGCAGCGUGGACUGCGUGCGCAACUGCUGCGUCUCCACCAUUAUUGCGCCCAUCUUCUUUGUGGUGUUCGUUCUGAUGGCCCAGUUCGUGCUGGUCAACGUUGUGGUCGCUGUCCUAAUGAAACAUUUAGAAGAAUCCCACAAACAAAUGGAAGACGAAAUCGACAUGGACGUAGAGCUGGAGCGCGAGUUGGAGCGCGAGAUCGACGACGAAGAGGACCGCGCGCUGUGCCGCGCGCUCGAGCAGGUGGCGGCGCCGCGUCCGCUCACCAAGGUACCCUCCCUCCCGGCCAACUUCACCUACAGCGAGCCGAAGCACCCACCGACACCGUCCCCCGCACGCCUCGCCCGUCGCCGGCGCACGCUUCACUCGCACCACGCUUUGCUCCCGACGUCGCUACCGCCGAGACGAGCUUCCCUUUCACCUCAUGCGUUUGGACGUCGCCGACAGGAUUCCACCACCGAACCCCCUGCGGCUCUCUACGAGGAGGACGCGCGCUUCAUCGACGCAGACGACGCGGACGAGCUCGACCCUGGCAGCCCACCGCGACGCGACUCUUUUGCGCAAAAUCGUAGGCAACGCGUGGACAAGCGCAACUCCUUGCGCGGCGAGGAGGCGAGGCUUCUUCGGCCGGUUCUGCUCGCUGUGCCUACAGCUCGACAGAAUGUUAGGACUGGCGGUCCUAAGAGGAGAACCUCCGAAUCCGGUAGUGUAAGUGACGCGAGUCAGGGCUCGGCGCGACCUCAGCUCGUGCCCGAGAGCGUCGAACAACCUAUCAGCGAAGAAGAGAAGAUCAGGAUAGUAAUAGCGGAGCGGCGGAAAAUGGACGCGGCCCGGCCGGAGCCCGAGGAGGGCGUCGAGCUCGCGGAGCGCGGCUCCUAGUCCCGGCGGGGCCGGCCGCACCAACACCACGAGGUCUACAUCUAGGCGCCCGGCGCUUGUGUAAACCUCCCUCCCACCUUCGUCCCUCCCUCCGCCUUCUUCUGUCGAACGGUUUGGAACUGUUGAUGUUUGAACUCGGUUGCACGACAGUGAUACAUUGACACAGAUUUUAAAAACAUGCUUAUAGUUUCGACUUUAGUGCGGUGUUACGUUUUUGGUACGACCGAUUGAGUGAUAACGUGUAUGACAUUUGGUGUGAUCAUUUCCCGUCUUUGGUCUUCGUGUCCUUAACUCAGAUUCUUACUUUUCCUAUGCGGCCGGUUCAACAACUAGCAAAGAGACUUCAAUAAAUUUAAGCUAAGGUAUAAUAGAAAUAUGUAGAUAGGAGUUAGGUCUAGUCAAUUUGUUGUGGUGAGAUUUUUUCUACGAGAGCUAUGGGUACUUCAAAUGGUAAUUAAGUAAUUUCAAAUAACGGUGCUUGCUGUUGAAUUGUAUUAGUUAUUCGUAAAAGUUCUCCUAAAAGUGUUUCCAAAGAACCUCAACGAAGACUAUGAUUUAUUGUAUAUUUGUAUAAGUUAAUUUUUGUUGAUGUGCGUAGCAAAUUUAUUUUAUUUAUUACAUGUAAAAAUAUAAUAUUAAAUGUUGUUACAAUGUAAAUUUUAUGACUUAAGAAUGGGUUUCGAAUCAUUGAAUAUUAGAGUAAUGUAAUCCAACGACUUGAAUGAAAAACGCCUGUGGAUAUAUAUUAUUUAAAUGUUUUUAGUUGGUACUUCAAAAAAAUCUUCUAGUGAACGACUGUCUCUCAUACUAGUAAAUUGUUAUAGCUAGAAGUUGAUAUAGUAAGGAUCUAAAACAGAACCAAUAGUUGGCGAAUUGAUUAUAACUCUCUCUAAGAAUGAAAAAGUAUUUUCUGAAUAUAAAAUGAAUCCUAUUUUCUUACAGUCGUGUACGUAACUUAGACGUGUAACUGGCAAUACGCACAUACAGUUAGCGUAGAGUAAAUAAAACGUAGUGUACGCAGUGAACUUAACAGAGAUUAUUGUGAAAUAGUAGCCGAUAUGUUCUACACAAAAUUAUCAUCGGAAUGUUAAGUCCUAUCAUUAUUUGUGCCAAAUUUACAUUACUUUUACUAAACAUGGCGUACUGAAUAUAAAUGAAUUGCUACUGUUUAAUCAGUCAUUCUUACAAAAUGAGUUUGCGGCUUCGUCCCUUUACAUACAUUUUAUAUGAGGUCUCGGAUUCUACCGCUGACAUAUUUCCUCCGAAUGUCUGAAUUAAUUUUAUAUCAAACUCAAUCUACCUACCA